AUGCGUGUAGUGAUUUCUAAGGAUGCUGACGCUGUGGCCGAUUACGUCUCGGAGUAUAUUAUUACCAUGAUCCGCAACUUUGGCCCAACAAAGGAGCGCCCAUUCGUGCUUGGUCUUCCCACUGGUGGUUCCCCACUAAAGACAUACCAGCGCCUCAUUCAAGCAUAUCGCGAGGGUCGUGUCUCCUUCCGCAAUGUGAUCACCUUUAACAUGGAUGAGUACGUUGGUCUCCCACGCGAUCACCCACAGAGUUACUUCUACUUUAUGAAAACCAACUUCUUUGACUUUGUUGAUAUUCCUGAAGAGAACCGUAACCUGCUCGAUGGUACGGUGCCAGACCUUAUUCAGGAAUGCCAGCGCUAUGAAGAUAAGAUCCGUCUGGUGGGCGGCAUUCAUCUCUUCCUCGCGGGUGUUGGCACAGACGGCCAUAUCGCAUUCAACGAACCCGGAAGCAGUCUCGACAGCCUCACCCGUGUCAAGUCUCUCAAUGAAGAGACCAUCGCCUCCAACGCGCGUUUCUUUGAUAAUGAUAUCCGCAAGGUGCCGACGAUGGCCCUCACGGUUGGUGUUAGAACCGUAAUGAAUGCCCGCAAUGUGCUCGUCAUCGCAACAGGCUCAAACAAGGCGGUGGCGGUGGCGCACUGCAUGGAGGGCAGCAUCAGCCACAGUCAUCCCAUCACCGCCCUGCAGAUGCAUCCCUCCGCUGUUCUCUGCUUGGAUGAGGAGGCCACUAUGGAAAUGAAAGUGAAGACAGUCAAGUACUUCAGGGGACUGCUGAAGCGAGAGGACGAACUCAUCCAACGCCAGAAAAACGCAAAGAAGACAAUGUCAAAACUUUAG